GCGCUCAGGUAGCCUGCCUGUCGCCCUCAGCCCCGCGUCCGGCGCCCCCGCCUCGCGCCCGAUGGUGAGCAGUGUGUUGUGCCGCUGCGUGGCCUCUCCGCCGCCGGACGCCGCCGCCGCCGCCUCGUCGUCCGCCUCGUCGCCGGCUUCCGUAGGGGACCCGUGCGGCGGCGCCGUCUGUGGCGGCCCGGACCACCGGCUGCGCCUGUGGAGUCUUUUCCAAACACUCGACGUCAACCGCGACGGCGGCCUCUGUGUCAACGACCUGGCUGUGGGGCUGCGGCGCCUGGGACUGCACCGCACGGAGGGCGAGCUCCGGAAAAUUGUGCAAGCAGGUGACAAGGACCUUGAUGGGCAACUGGACUUUGAAGAGUUCGUACAUUACCUCCAAGAUCAUGAGAAAAAACUGAGGCUGGUGUUCAAGAGUCUGGACAAAAAGAACGAUGGACGAAUCGAUGCUCAGGAGAUCAUGCAGUCCUUGCGGGACCUGGGUGUCAAGAUCUCUGAACAGCAGGCGGAGAAGAUUCUUAAGAGCAUGGACAAGAACGGCACAAUGACCAUCGACUGGAAUGAGUGGAGAGACUACCACCUGCUGCACCCUGUGGAGAACAUCCCUGAGAUCAUCCUGUACUGGAAGCACUCGACGAUCUUCGAUGUUGGCGAGAAUCUGACAGUCCCGGAUGAGUUCACAGUGGAAGAGAGGCAGACGGGGAUGUGGUGGAGGCACCUAGUGGCCGGAGGUGGGGCAGGGGCCGUUUCCAGAACCUGCACUGCUCCCCUGGACAGACUGAAGGUGCUCAUGCAGGUCCAUGCCUCCCGCAGCAACAAUAUGUGUAUCAUAGGCGGAUUCACACAGAUGAUUCGAGAAGGGGGGGCCAAGUCUCUCUGGCGGGGCAAUGGCAUCAAUGUCCUCAAAAUUGCCCCUGAGUCAGCCAUCAAAUUCAUGGCAUAUGAGCAGAUGAAGCGCCUUGUUGGCAGUGAUCAGGAGACGCUGAGGAUCCAUGAAAGGCUCGUGGCAGGCUCCUUGGCUGGGGCCAUUGCCCAGAGUAGUAUCUACCCAAUGGAGGUUCUGAAGACCCGAAUGGCCCUGCGGAAGACAGGCCAGUACUCGGGCAUGCUGGACUGUGCCAGGAGGAUCUUGGCUAAAGAGGGUGUAGCUGCCUUCUACAAAGGCUACAUCCCCAACAUGCUGGGGAUCAUCCCCUAUGCUGGCAUCGACCUCGCUGUCUACGAGACACUGAAAAAUACCUGGCUACAGCGCUACGCAGUGAACAGCGCAGAUCCCGGUGUGUUCGUUCUCCUGGCCUGUGGCACUAUCUCCAGUACCUGUGGCCAGCUGGCCAGCUACCCGCUGGCCUUGGUCAGGACUCGGAUGCAGGCACAAGCCUCCAUUGAGGGUGCGCCUGAAGUAACCAUGACCAGCCUCUUCAGACAGAUUCUGCGGACUGAAGGGGCCUUUGGGCUAUACCGGGGGCUGGCCCCCAACUUCAUGAAGGUGAUUCCAGCUGUGAGCAUCAGCUACGUGGUCUACGAGAACCUGAAGAUCACCCUGGGCGUGCAGUCUCGGUGACGGGAGGGUGGUGGACUUGGUGAUCCUGGGCUGCAGCCCGGGGUGUGCAGCCAUCUCAUUCUGUGAAUGUGCCAACACUAAGCUGACUUACCCAAGCUGUGAAACCCAGGAUGCCACAGGAGAAGGGCAGGGGCUGGCAAGCUCUGGGCUGGUCCUGCUGACCUGGCAGGCCCUUCUGUCCCUUCCAAGGAAGACCUGUGGACAUUCCUUGUGGUCCAGAGGUCAGUAGGAUGUAGGCUCCUGCACCUAGAGACGGGACGUUUCCUGCAAUGCCUGCCAGAUAGUGAGCUUGGAGACCAGCUUAGUUCUUCCAUCUCGUUCACGCAGCCAGACCUCAGCCACACUCUCCCUCUGGUCCAAAGAGCAUUCCUGUGUCCCUCCAUGUCUUCCCUAUGGAUGUGCUGUGGUAGGAAGUGGACCUCUCCCCACUUCUUGUCCCUCUCCCUUCAGUGCUGCUCCUCCAAACCUGUUUCCCAAGCUGCAUCACCCGCGUGGACCUGUGGCACAGGAAGCUGAAGGAGUACCCCUUAAUGUCCUUGCCUCUCCUGAGCUCACCAGCAAAGCUGUGUGGAUGUGCCAGGGUACUCGGGCGCUGGCUGCCUGACACGGUGGUGCAUGGCUCUGCUGAAAGCUAAUCUAGGACCGGAUCCCAGAGGAUCUGUGCUACCUGCAUGGGCCUGAUGUCCUCUGAGCUGUCCCUAAGCCCUGUCAGGACUGGCACCAGAUGGCGACCACACUUACUGUUCCAGUCUGCGGUAUGAGGGUGGGGCAGGGUGUCUGUCCCCGGCGUGCUGUCCUGAUGAGAAGGAAAGGGUGCUGAAGGCCUUCAUUAUGUCUUAACUGGAUAAAGGCUUUGGUUCAGAAGGACAAGCUGGACAAUGCGCGUGUAUAGCACUUACAGAGAGAGCCGGAGGGAAGUGGUUUGGCUGCUUUAAAGUCAGUUUUGAGGUUCUGUGGGCCAAGUGGGACCAGCCUCACAUUCCACACGGCAUAUCACACUGCUUGGAGCCUAUUUAUUUUGUAUUUAUUUGAACAGAGUUAUGUCCUAACUAUUUUUAUAGAUUUGUUUAAUUAAUAGCUUGUCAUUGUCAAGUACAUUUUUUUAUUCAUAUUUAUGUUCAUGGUUGAUUGUACCUUCCCAUCACCACCUGGUGGGAAGUGGGGAGAUGAGGUGGAGAAGUGGCCUCAGAGUGACUUUACCUGCUGCCUACACUGACGGCGUGUCUGUCCAAAGGAAUUCCUCUCCUAGCUGGAAACAGAAGGAAAGACACAAGGGAGGACCUGGCAGGCGCGUGCGUAGGGUAGUGGGAAAGGUCGGGAGGAUUUCUUUAUUUUACCCUUCUGGAAUGACAAGGCAGUGGGGCGCUUCACUGGUAUGGGUAUGAGGGCGAGGACUAAAGGCCUGGGUGGCCUGCCCUCCCCAGCCUGUGACCUGGGCUCCCUCCUGGCCCACGGCUGCCCUUGCUCAAUGAGUGGCCAGCUCCACUUGGCAACUGAACCUCCAUUGUCCCAGAACAGCCUGAUGAGAAGAAUCCAAACACGAUGCAGAGAUCAAUGCAAAAGGACCGUCUGCAUAGUCUAUCGCUGUAACUGGAGUUGUCAAAGGCAAGCAGCCUUCUAAUAAAGUUGCUUCAAAUGUGA